CCUCUAUCUUUUUUCUCUCUCUCAUGCCGCCUCCUCCUUCAAGAUCGGGCCAACCGCGUUCUCUUCACGCCGCUAGCCUAAACGUCUCUCUCUCUUGGCUGUCUCUUGGUUUCCUGUCUCAGGCUCUGAGCAUAUUUUUCCGUCACGAAACGAUGGGUAGAGGUUCGAAGAGGAAGUCGAACCAGAAGGAAGAAAGCAAAUCUCCUGAGGAGCUUCCUAAGGAAUCUACCAAACCUUCUAGCAGAGGCAAACGAGUUAAAGCUCCUGCUGCUCGUAAACCUGAAACUGAGCCUGAAUACUUUCAAGAUAAGCGCAAUCUGGAAGAUUUGUGGCAAGCUGUAUUUCCUGUAGGCACAGAGUGGGAUCAACUGGACUCAGUCUAUCAGUUCAAGUGGGAUUUUUCGAACUUGGAAAAUGCAUUUGAAGAGGGUGGAGUGCUUCAUGGGGAGAAAGUUUACCUCUUCAGUUGUACAGAACCUCAACUGGUCAGCUUCAAGGGUGAAAAUAAAAUAAUCUGCAUUCCUGUUGUAGUGGCGGUUGUGUCUCCUUUUCCACCGUCGGAUAAGAUUGGUAUCAAAUCAGUUCAAAGGGAGACUGAAGAAAUAAUACCAAUGAAGCAAAUGAAAAUGGACUGGGUUCCUUAUAUUCCUUUAGAAGAUAGGGAUAAUCCAGUGGACAGAAUGAAUUUUCAAAUUUAUAUACUGAGCUGCACUCAAAGAAGGGCUGCUUUGAGACACCUGAAGCUGGAGCGUAUCAAGAAGUAUGAGUAUUGUCUACCUUAUUUCUACCAGCCUUUGAUGGAGGAUGAACUUGAGCAGAGUACAAUUGUUCCAAUCUUAUAUCCGGCUGAACCAAAACCUGUUUUCUGUGAAUUUGACUGGGAACUUGAUGAACUUGAGGAAUUUACUGAUGACCUAAUUAAAGAGGAAGAAUUGUCUGAAGAUCAGAAAGAUGCUUUCAAGGAAUUUGUCAAGGAGAAGGUCAGAGAAGCGAAAAGAGCUAAUCGAGAGGCAAGGGAAGCCCGGGAAAAGGCCCUGGAGGAUAUGGAUGAGGAGACUAAAGCAGCAUUUGAGAGAAUGAGGUUUUACAAGUUCUAUCCUGUACAAACACCUGAUACUCCCGAUGUAUCCAAUGUGAAGGCUCCCUUCAUAAAUCGGUACUAUGGCAAGGCUCAUGCUGUUCUGUGAUAAUGACUUUAUUCAAAAUUCUGCUCAUUUCCAUUGGGAACCACAAGGUUUGCUUUGGUUGUCAAAUCAUUGAUGUGAAGCUGAGAUUCCCUGAUACUACAGAAAGGUUUGAGGCAACAAUCAAGAGACCACCAACCAAUGGUCCUGAAGCUGCGAUUCCCUGAUAUAAUUUAUAGCAGUUUUUUUCCCUAGUAGAAUUUGAGAGGGUUGUAAUUUGGAAAUGAUUUUAGGCUCAUCUGCUGGAAAUCCAAUGCAUUAAUUUUCCCCCUUGGAUUUCUUAUUCAGAUUCUCCAUCUUUUCUCCCAUCUUUCUAUAAAAUUUGUUCUUUUGAUUUACUCAAUGAAGAAUCUUGAGACUAAAAGAAGUUUUAUUAGUUUUGG